CCAAAUUAUUGUCCUUCCAAUGGGAUUUGAUCCAUCGAUCCCAACAACCAUUCAACUUUCUUUGAAGAGAUUGAAAUGCUAAAUUGCCAACCAUAAUUCUGCAAUAAAGAGUCUUCGAAAAGAAUAUAAAGAAGCAACAGCAUCCCAAGAAAAAGAAUAUAAAUCUUAAGAUGGCAUCAGACACAAGCCUGGACGCUGCACUGUUGCCAGAAACUUCGGAUAGACAAGAGGAGAAUACAAAAAGAAGCUGUUGGAGAAAAGUUUUAGAUGUAGAAGAAGCGAAGAAACAAGUCUUAUUUGCACUACCAAUGAUCCUUACCAAUGUCUUCUACUAUGCCUUUACUUUGGUCUCUGUCAUGUUUGCCGGUCACCUUGGUGAGCUUGAGCUUGCUGGUGCCACUCUUGCCAAUUCUUGGGCCACUGUCACCGGCUUCGCUUUCAUGAUAGGACUAAGUGGAGCACUGGAGACUCUUUGUGGUCAAGGAUUUGGUGCAAAAAUUUACAAGAUGCUGGGAAUUUACCUACAAGCUUCUUGCAUAAUUUCUUGCCUUUUCUCAAUUAUUAUAUCCAUUUUUUGGUUCUAUACUGAGCCAAUACUAAUCUUGCUUCAUCAGGAGCCUGCAAUUGCGAAAACAGCUGAUCUCUACAUUAAGUAUCUCAUCCCAGCUGUGUUUGCAUUCGGUUUUAUACAAAAUGUUUUGAGAUUUCUUCAAACACAAAGCAUUGUUAUGCCCCUAGUCUUGUUCUCAGGGCUGCCAUUGGCCCUUCACUUUGGCAUUGUUUAUACUUUUGUUAAUUGGACAAGUCUUGGUUUCAAGGGUGCUUCAUUGGCUGCUUCAGUCUCUUUAUGGAUAUCUUUUCUUUUCUUGGCAAUCUAUGUAGUUUGGUCAAAGAAAUUUGAGCACACAUGGGAAGGUUUUUCUUCUGAAUCAUUUCGUUAUAUCGUUACGGACUUGAGAUUAGCCCUACCAUCUGCAGCAAUGGUGUGUCUGGAGUAUUGGGCUUUUGAACUUCUCGUGUUGCUAGCAGGAUUGAUGCCAAAUUCAGCAAUAACUACUUCACUGAUAGCAAUGUGCGUAAAUACAGAAGCUAUUGCCUUCAAUUUUACUUAUGGCCUUAGUGCUGCAGCCAGCACAAGGGUGUCAAAUGAGUUGGGAGCUGGAAAACCUGACAGAGCUAAGAAUGCUAUGGCUGUUACUCUCAAGCUCGCUGUUCUUCUUGCUCUUGUGGCUGUCCUUGCUUUAGUCUUUGGUCAUAAUAUUUGGGCUGGUUUCUUCACUGACAGUUCUUCCAUGGUAAAAGAGUUUGCCUCAAUGACACCAUUUCUUGCAAUGUCGAUAGCAGUAGAUGGUUUUCAAAAUGUCCUCUCAGGAGUGGCAAGAGGUUGUGGUUGGCAGCACUUGGUUGUAGUUACUAACUUAGCAGCAUUCUACGCCAUUGGCAUGCCAAUUGCAGCCCUUCUUGGAUUUAAGUUUAAGUUCUAUGCUAAGGGUCUAUGGAUAGGCUUAAUAUGUGGACUUUCGAGCCAAUUCGCCGCCCUCCUGUUAAUCACAUUUCAUAGGAGAUGGACGAAGAUUAACAUUUCAGCAGAACGAGAUCAGGGUACUCUACGGUCUGUUUAACCAAAUCUCCCUGGAAAGAUGAUAUAAGAACCAGAGAAUCAGAGAUUACCUGGAUAGGCCACAAGGGCAAUAUGCAGUGAUAGUAAAUUUUUUGCGGAGGCAAUCUUUGAAUCUGAGAUGCUUCAGUUUUUUGAAUCAGCUUCAGCCAUUGUUUUCUUGAUUGUUCUCUUCAGAUAAAAGGGACAUUUGUGUUAGUUAUUAAGCUACUAAAAUAAGCUGCGAACAAGAUUAUAGUUGCUUGCAUGUAAUAUAAGCUUAAUGUCCAUCAAAUUCGGAUGGAGAAAGCGAAAUUUGCCCUAGUUUUUCAUUUUGAAAUGUUAUAAUUAUCCAAGCCUAUGUAAUUGCACCUUUGGAAAUUAGGGUGGUAAAACAAGGAACUUUUGAUGCCUUAAUGGAUUACCAUGUGUCCCAAGGAGCUUCCAUGAACCAAUACAAGAUACCUAGUUGCGUCAAAUCUAAGCAAGCCAUAAAGAUUUUAGAUUCCAGAGUGAUAGGAAAGUUUUUCAGCCAGAAGAACCAACAUAAUAAGUUGCAUUCAUUCCUAUGUUUUGUUUGAAGGAAGGAAAUUUGGCAAGAAGAACUAGCUUUUAUUUGUUCUUUUUAGUACUUUGCCAUUCUGGUCAAAAGAGAAAAUAUUACGAUAACCUUUGUUUUUUUUUUUUCCUUUCACAUAAGAGGCCACAGCGUGGAAAUCGAAGGGAUUGUAGAUGUUUGGAUUUGAACUCCAAACCAACCCUUGCAGAUGUCUUUUUAGAAUAACCAAAUAAACCAACGAAAUUAAACUCUAGGUUGUUCAAUAACUAGUUUUCAUGACUACAAGCUUUGAAAUUCACCUCCAAAUUAAACAGCUCUUUUCUAAAACCAAUUACCUUCCCUAAUUCUUUGGAAAACCUGAUGAAUGUUUGUGCUUGUAUGUGCCUAUAUUUGUUUCAGCUCAUGAAAAGAAAGAACCUGAAAAUAUUUCAGUUCUGCACUUCUGAUUGAGAUACAUACACAUUUCAAGGCUUGACAAAUAGUAGUACAUAUUUCUAAACUUAUGCCACUGGAAGGGGAAACCAUAUAAAGUCUAGUUGA